UAUUUAAUCUGUUCCGAGACGCAGCAUUCAAAAUAAUCCUUUUCUAUUUAUACGUUUGAUAGGAUUCUCGCCCCCACCAAAGCUUCGAUCUUCGAGUUAAUAAAGUAGUUGUCAGACUUGACGACGAACUGUCUUAUACCCAGUAGACGAUGGGUCGUUGUUUGCAAGUAGUGGGGUUAUUUUAUCCUGUAGGAUAGACCGUCCCAUUCGCCCCUCCUCCGAACACGCCCCUAUCAGGAAGCUCGAUUUCCAGGAGCAUCUUGAUUCCAGUGCCGAAAUAGAUUUCGUGUAAAUGGUAUGUCAAGUCUAGCGUAAAAUGAUUUUUUGUUGUUAUUGAAAUUUUUUCUUGGUGAAUGUGUGUUGGUGUUAAAUGAUAAGACGGUUGUUUUUUGGUUUUUUUUUUGGUGAUUUAUGGCGCAGGUACACUGUGAGAGAUGCUGAAUAAAAAUAUGACAGAAGGUUCAGAAGAUGAUAUAGAAAUAAAAACGAUAAAAUUUUGUUCAGACGAUCAAUCCAUGGAAACAACUAUGGUACCUCCAAACGUAGAAACGGACGCCGCUGAUUAUUGCACUAUAAAAAACAACCGCAACGAAACUCCGGAUUUUUUCAUCGAAAAACAAUUACAAGAUAAAGAUGUUAAAGAUAGCGAAGAUUCCAUUUUGAAUAUCUCCUUACCUUGGGACAUACAAAUUAAAAAAACUGGAGUGUUUACUAGGACACCAGUAGCCAAAGGUGAAAAAUAUGGACCCUUUCAAUGGACUUGGGCCCUCGAACCACACGAUGUUAGAUUCGCUUGGGAGGUUGUAGAUGGAAACGAAAGUAAAGGAUGGUUGGAUGGCUCCAUGCAUUACAGGAACUGGUUAAAACUGAUCAAAUGUACUACUAACCAAGAAGAAGCGAAUUUGAAAUAUCUACUGCAAGGCGGACAGUUAUGGUACCAAACAAUUAAAGAUUUACCAGUCAAUACGGAAUUAAUUUUAUUACCAAAAGAGCCUUUGUGUCUUCAAGAUCUUAUUGCCGAUUCAACAGAUGCAAGAUCUGAUAGAGAAACUGCUUCUCAACAUAGUGGAACUGUCGAUGAUCGUGAUGAUGAAGAAGACGAUAUUCGUUGCUAUAUUUGCAAUAAUAUCUUCGCUGAUUUAGAUAAAUUGGACGAUCACCUCGUAACGAAACACAGCCACAGACGUGACGAAUUCCAAUGCGAUUUUUGUCCCAAGGCUUUUUCAUAUCGACCCAGUUUAACCAAACAUCGAGUUAUAAAACACGGAGAAACCAAAAAAUUCCACUGCGAAAAUUGUCCAAAGGUUUUCACUGACCCUAGUAAUUUGCAAAGGCACAUACGAAGUCAUCACGUAGGAGCAAGAUCCCAUGCUUGUCCGGAAUGCGGAAAAACUUUUGCUACUUCUUCCGGUUUAAAACAACACACACACAUCCACUCUUCUCACAAGCCAUAUCGAUGCGAAGUCUGUUUAAAGUCCUACACCCAAUUUUCGAACUUGUGUCGUCACAGACGUAUGCACGCCAACUGUCGGAUGCAAAUCAAGUGUGUUAAAUGCGGAAAAUCCUUCCCGACCUUAACUUCUUUAUCGAAACACAAAAGAUUUUGCGAUUCGCCUACCGUAACGCCGUUCAUAGCUCAACAACAUAACAUACCCUUAACUCCCCCAAUGGCUGGAAGCAAUACUUUUCCUUUUUAUCGACCUAUCGGUUGUCCUUUACCGUUUUUUUCACCACAAAUCUCCUUAUUUCCUUCUACCUCUAUAAUCCCACCUAUCCUGUUUCCUCAAAUGCCUCAGCAAUACUCCGAAGUGCUUACAAAGAGAAUACAACAAGAACAUAAAGAAGAAAAAAUUUCACCGAAGCAAGAGCCUUUAAACGAAGUAAUGAGUCCUUCGAAAGGUUUAGAAGCUAGUGGUGCUCCUUCUCCUAAUAAACCAAAUGGUUUUCUACCGUUUCCUUGUAAAAUGGAAUACGAAGAAAACGUUAAAAACGAACCUCUAUCACCGGGAAAUCCCAAGGGAGAUCAUGUGAAGAACGAUCGUGCAUUCCAUCCUAUUUCUUUAACGUACAAUCCAAAAAAUGAUUUAAAACGAUUCGUUACAUCACCUUCAACAAAUAACGAAGACAGUAACGAUCAACCGUUGGAUUUGAGCGGUUGGAAACUAAACGAAAACAUCCCAUCACCAAAAUCAAAAGAUCAAUCACCACCAUCCAUAACUGACGAAGAAAACGUCGAGGUACUCGAAGUUAUAGAAGAAAAUAAUCCUCCUGAUAAAGUUUCCGCGAUGCCACCUAUGGUAUAUCCCCGGCCGAUUCACCCGAUGAUGUCGGAUAUUUGUCGGAAUUUUCCUUACAGUUACCCGCCUCCAAGCAACGAGAAAAUGCUUCCUUUCCCGUUUCCCCCUCACAGAUUCCCAUUUUUGAACGGCUUGCAACCUCAACGCAUCGACAUGAUGAGAUCCAACGUCAAGCCCUUUCAGGACGUCAUGCAACAAUACAGCCAAGGGAAAAUCAAAGAUAGAUACUCGUGCAAGUUUUGUGGGAAAGUUUUUCCGCGAUCGGCGAAUUUAACGAGGCAUUUGAGAACGCACACCGGGGAACAGCCUUACAAAUGCAGAUAUUGCGAAAGGUCUUUUAGUAUAUCGAGCAAUUUGCAAAGGCACGUCAGGAAUAUUCAUAACAAGGAGAAGCCUUUCAAAUGUCCGCUAUGCGAGAGGUGUUUUGGACAACAGACCAACUUGGAUAGACAUCUUAAGAAACACGAAGCGGACGAAGGAAAUGGUGGAGUAACUCUCGCCGAUUCUCCGGGUAGUAGCAAUGAAAAUGAUAGAGAAGAAGCUUGUUUCGAUGAAAUUAGAUCGUUUUUCGGUAAAAUAACUGAAGGAAAUGCAGAUUAUGUUAAUAAUAAGAAAGUCGUUUCGCCGUCUAAUAAUAAUAUAGACGUCGAAAAACACGAUAUCGAUGAAUCGACUACGGAAACCGUCGAAGAUUUCAUAUCGACGAAGUUAAAAACUAUAAUGUGAGAUGUAAGCGAAAUAAAAUAGUCAAUAAAGACCAAAAUGCAAAGAUAACCUAGUACCUUAACAAUUUAUAAGGGUCGCUUAUAUAGGGUUAUAAUCAAGUAAUGCUCAAAUUUCCUAAUUCACCCUCUUUCAGACUAAUUUUCCAGAAAUAUCUCAAGAUUAAGACCAUAAUUUGCUGCUCCACCAUCUUGUUCGAACACCGUAUUGGGUUCCCUAGAUUUUGUAUCCGGAAAUGAAGCAAUUAGGUUUGAUAAAUCUUCCACUGAAGAUUCCAACCGAAAAAACUUUUUCUUGAAGGCGCUGUAUCUGUCUGAAUUCAAUACUUGUAGAUUCCACAAAAUUCAUCUUCUUUCAGACUGAUUUUCCAGAAAUAUUCCAAGAUUAAGACCAUAAAUGCAUAAAUGCAAAUGCACCAUCUUGUUCGAACCACGUACUGGGUUCCCUAGUUUUUGGAUCCGGAAAUUACGCCGACAGUUUUAUUUCUUUAAAACGACUGACGUGUUGUUUUCCGAUUACUGCAAAAUGUGCAUCUUUGCACCAUCGCAGAUUCCUGGUCUUCCAAUUUCAACUUAUUACUCUCUCAGUUCUUCUUUAUUCUGUUAUAUAAAGCACAUGCUUCUCCAUAAUUUUCAAAUCUAACUUCAUCAAGGUUCUUAUUAACCAAGGUGUCCAAGCUGCGCAACAAAUCGGAAAGCAGUUGUCGAAUAGAGCAAUCAGUAGAUCAGCUAGAAAAUCACCAGCUUUGAAAGAAGACGAAAAAUGAAGACGAGACAAGAAGGUUUGAUGAAUGAGACAGUCAAUAUGAAAGAUCAAUUCCAUGUGAACCAAUCAUCGCCAAACUCAUCUUGUUUUGUAUUCAUUUUAACAGUUUUUUCUUGUGUGUCUGGUUUCAUCGAAAUGAACGUUGUACAUUUUAUGAAUGUUGUACAUUGUUUGAUCAUAACUCUGUAUAAUUCGAAGUAAUACAGAUUUUAAUUCUUGCACAAUCAGACAAAAGUACUAGUUCAUUUAAAAGUGUUUUUAAGAAGUUUUCAAUCACUUUCAGUCUCCUUUUAAGUCUUACAAAUAGUCCAGAGAAGUUUCAACUAUCUCAAAUAAAACUUACCGUUCCUUAAAUUAAGUCCUUUAUUUUACUUUAACUUUAUGUUGCAACCUCGACUGGUGUCUUCUUCAGAUGUUUUCUUCUUCUUUUUGCGCUUGCCCCUUUCCAUCCAAUCCUCCAACCAACUCACUUUACUUUAUAGUAAAGUGAGUUGGUUGGAGGACCAUAUCACAUUUCAAUCUCUGUUUUGAUCACAUAAAAAAAUUUCUUCACAUUCUAAUGCAUUAAAUCUGAUUUCGUUUCUUUUAUUAAUGCCCUUGGGGUAUUUUUUGACUUUAAUAGGUUUCCUAGAGCUCCAAACUCUUCUUCUAUUUCAUAAUCUUUUAUUGUUCAAUUGGUUUUUUAUUAGAAGAGUUCUUAGCUAUACUUGGACUUAGUUGUUUGAUACGUAAGACAUUUUUGAUAUGAUUUCAAAUAUUGAAAAAGUUUUGUUUUGCUAUUAGCACUACGUCAUCUCAAUGUGCCUUUUGCAAAACGUCUAGUCAAAAUAAAUUUUGAAAACUUUGAAUAAUUAUGGAAAAUCUUCACGAAAUUCAAUAUGAAUUACGUCCAAUGGAAAUUUGGCAUUAUAUUGCGUGGAAUUUUUGAAAGUUACGUUUUUUGGAUCAUAUUGACACUAUGAUUGUGUGAAAAUUUGAAAUCUCUAUUCAAUAAAAUAACAUAAUUUGCAAAUUUUCGAACCUACGUCUAAAAUAUCUACAAUAUCUCAUCUACUUUGAAGAUGGGAAGUUUUCGAAUGACCACCCCUCGUAUAAUGAAUAGUUUCUAUGUUUGUUAGAAUUUGUAUCAACACGAAUAAUUUAACUUAAUGUACUGUAAUAAGGUUAAAACCUGUAUUGUUCAUAUUAAGAUUGAAUAUUAUUUAUUAUAAUGUUUAUAUAACAAAUAUUGAAAUCAUAUUAAGAAAUUUGUCAAAUAUUCACCAAAAUUAGUUUUCUGAUUAAGUAUUUUUGUUCUAUAAUAAAAACAUUUCGUAGACUACGUGAAAUCAAAGCAGAAAGACAUUAUUUCAUCGAGAAAAUUUCAUUUUUUAUGAAAAUUAAUAAAUUUUUACUUAAUAUAGUAAAAUAAAAACUUCUCUUAAAUUCUAAUCCACAUUAUCUUCGAAAAAUUUUUUUUUGAAUAAUAAAAAUAUAAAUUUAUCGAGAAGAAUAUAUCGAAAGAAGUUAUAUGAUAAAAUGCAGCCCUUAAAAGUCGUUUUAAUAUUUUUUAAAGAAAACCUUGUAAAAUCUAAAACCUACUAAUUAAUUAUCAUAAAUCAUCAUCAUCUAUUUUUGCCAGAGUGAAUUAAUUAUAUUUUGAUAUCUAUUAAUGCAGACCUACCACGGUAUAACAUUCCUGAAGCUGUUAAUUUCAUAUAAAAGUCUAUUAUAUACAGAGUGUCUGAUAAAUAAUAUCGAUUUCAAUGUUUGAAAUAAAACUUCAAUAUUCAAAAUGUACUUCUUAACCUAGCUCUUUGAAACCAUUUUCUGAGCACCAAGAACUUAGGAAGCUGCUACCAUACAAAGAUGAUCCCAAAAGUACCUGGUACAGCUCCAUAUUCUUUUUCCAGCGAUGUUUAAUAAGUUCGAUACUUUUUUUAUAAUAAGAAUUGUUUAUCUCUUCAAAAUAGACAUUUUUGCAAAACUGGGAUCAGAAAAUAAUCCGAGAGUGCUAAAUCUGGCGAAUCGGGUGUAUGAGAUAUCAAUUCAAACUUUAAUUCAUCAAUUUUGGCCAUUGCAAUAACGGAUUGUGAGCUGGUGCAUUAUCUUGUCAGUCAAUGAAAAUUAUACUUGGAAUCUUCUAAAUUCAAACACUUUAGUAGCGUUGAAAUCAAAUAAAAAGCUUUUUUAAGAAUUUUUACAUGCAGUAUGAAAGUCGUCAUAACUUAUGAGAUUCCCCUCGUAAUACAAAAAGAGAAUAUACAGGGUGUUUUAGAAGAGAUAACGUCUCAUUUAGUAUUGGUAGAAAAUUGAAAACGAACUACUGGCAACGUUGUAAUUAAGUUAUAUACGAUUGUGAUAUUUGUUAUAUAAACAAUAACUGUAUUAAAUGUAAAUAGUGAUCAAAUAAUAAUCAUAUAGGACAAAAAAAGAUUAGAUCUAUCAAGUUCCUAUGAUAAUUUUAAAUAAAAACCACUCGGCACUCGAAAUUUUAUUCAUACAAAGCACAAAUCUGCAAUAAAUUCGAAAAUAUGAAAGCUUGUAAUAUCGAACCGUAACUUUGUAACCCACGAAAAUAACAUUAUGAAAACCCUGUACUAUUCCAAAACACAAUGUAGUAAAAAAAUAAUCGCAGGAGAUAAGAUCUGCUAAAUACAGUGGUAAGAAAUUAAUACCGUGUCGAAUUUUGUCACCAAUUUCACGAAUUAAUUUAUUUUUUUUUUCAAAAUUUAAUGAAAAUAAAAGUUAUAACUACUACACUACUAUACUACAGGUAAUAACUACUUAAAUAAUAAUUCCUCAAGUGCUAAUUAAUUCUAUUAAGAUUUCAAUAAGAUAUUUCGUGUCCAUUCUUUAUAAGAAAUCACUGAAAAAUCUGUGGAGUGAUUAGUAAUUUUUUUUCCUUGGUAUUUCAACCCAUCGCUUCAUCAAACAAUUUCGUCCAAUUCUGAAUCGUAUACGAGGUCUGGUUAUUAAAUAACGAGACUGCGCGCCUAGAGGGCUCUCAAAUUUCGCGAUAAUUUGAAAAAAACUCCGACUGAGUACUACAAAUUGUUACAAGAGCCCUAUGGGGACAAUUUUCUAUCUAGUGGGCGUAUUUUUGAGUGGUGUAAGCGCUUUAGUGAUGAUCGAUAGAGCACUAAAGAUGACCAACGCCCAGGCCGCUUUGUAACUGUUUCAACUCAAAAAACAGUGACCAAAAUCGAAAAAAUUGAGCGUACAAAUCGUCGAAUGAGUAUCCGGAUGAUUACCGAGGCUAUAAACGCCGAUAAAGACACGGUUAGAAAAAAUUUACACGAGGAAUUACACAUGACAAAAGUCUGUGCGAAGUUGGUGCCGAAAAAUCGGACUCCUGACCAAAGCUCUUGUUCAGAUUUCCGUGAAUGGUUAGAAAAAGAUCUGCUUCGAAAGGAAUCCGAUUUAAGUGGAUGGAAUGAGCAAAAUCGACGAAGGGAAUGAAAAGACCACGUGGACAGAAUAUCAGAUGAUCGGUUGGUAAAGAUACCAAAGAAAAAAAAACCGACCAUCAGGAUGACCACCUACAAGAUGCUAUGAAAGCUGAUUUUCAUAAUCCCAGCUGCAGCUAGGCAACCAUUGAUGCAAACACUAAGUCUUAACGUACGACAAUGAAGAGGUUGACAUUAUCAAAAUUUUACAUCUUAAACAUUUAUUUUCUCAGUUAUGAUUGCACCAAAUUCAUAAAUUUUUAUAUUAAUAAAUAAAAGACUGAAAUCCCUUUCCAACAAGGCUUCAUACGACCCCCUUUUUCAAGGGGGUGCUUAUAAUUCAGGUGCAGAUUUAUUCCAAAUCGUAACAUUUUCAAAAAAUUUAAUAUUUGAAACGUCAAAAUAGAAAUUGAUUAAAACAGUGAAUACUGCCCUUCUGGAUCUGUUUUCAGUAUAAGCAAAGAAAUUUAGCUUCUAAAUUCUUCAAAA